CAAAACAUGGGACAACAAGGUAAGUAUUAUAUUAUAAUGUUUAAACACUACUUAAAUUUAAAAUUUGAAGGCUUUUUAUCGUGUACCACAGUUCUUUACCUGAUGAUAAUCACUGGAUGUGGUGUAAACUAUAUGCUUAGAAUGAAUCUGGUAAUAGCUAUAAUCGAUAUGACCAAACCAAAUAAUUUUAAUUCAACCAAAUUGACUACAAACUCCACAAACAGUGUCAGUUUUAAUUGGACAAUUCUUCAAAAAACUGAAAUCCUAUCCAUAUUUUUAUGGGGAUAUACAUUAACAGUGUUUAUCGGAGGACGACUUGCCGAAACGUACGGAGCUCGUUGGGUAACUGGAAUUGCAAUAUCAAUAGGUAGUCUUAUCACACUAUUGUUCCCAUUAAUAUGCAAAGUUCAUUAUAAUUUUGCAUUAGCUAGUAGAUUUUUAAUGGGAAUUUUAUUGAGUGCACCAUUUCCCUGCAUACCCUUAUUGGCAGUAAAUUGGAUUCCUCCUUUGGAUCGAUCAAAGUUUACGUCCAAUUUUAUGGCGCAGAGUUUGGGAAGUGCCAUAACUUUACCAAUUUGUGGUUAUUUUAUUGUUUACCUCGGAUGGGAAAGUGUGUUUUACUUGUCUGGAGCAGUAGGUUUGUUCUGGAGUUCUAUUUGGUUUUAUACAAUUUAUGAUACACCCUAUGUCCAUCCAAGAAUAUCAUUCAAUGAAAAAAGUCAAUUACUAAAAGAUAUGAAAGAACAAACAGUAAAUAAUCAAAGGAAACCAUCAAAAGUACCAUGGAGAAGUAUGUUAACUUCAGUUCCUGUUUGGGCGGUUAUUGUCACACAAACUGGAAACUCAUUUUAUCAUCUGAUUUAUGUUACUCAAUUACCCACCUAUAUUAACGACGUCCUUGGAUUUAAGAUUUCCGAUAAUGGAUUAAUUUCAUCAUUACCUUAUAUAGGUAACUAUAUUUUUGCUUGUAUUGGAAGUUAUUUAGCUGACUGCAUAAGAAAAAACGGCAUCUCAACUACCAUGACGCGCAAGAUCUUCAUAGUGGUAUCCUUUUUUAUUCCUUCAAUACUUUUAAUAAUUCUUGGACUUCAGAAACUAAGUUACCCAUAUGCAGUGACAGUUCUAAUUUUGAUCCAUUCAUUUAAAGGUUGCAACACAGCAAAUUUUUUGGUCAAUUCAACGGAUAUAGCUCCAAAUUAUGCAGCAACCAUUUUUGGAGCAGGUUUGACGUUUGGUUCUUUAGCAGGAUACUUCGGAAACAUAAUGGUUGGAUGGCUAACAAAAGAAGGAAGUAAUUUUGAAAGUUGGAAAAUGGUUUUUAUAAUUAUAUCUUCAGUAAACUUUUUGGCUGGUUUGUUUUUUAUUUUGUUUGGCUCGGGUAACAUUCAAAAAUGGAACUAUGAAAUAUCAAAAGGAGAAGUGACAAAAGAAGUAGAAUUAAAACCUCUAAAAUCUUGAGUUGUUCUAUUCACCAAAAUUACCCUAGAAAGUUGGAGCAAGGCAUGUAGCAAAAUUGCUGUCGACCAGUUUUAUACAUUUAAAAUUGCGUUAAAAAUUGGGUCCCAUGGAUAGCAAAAACAAUUUAUGUAAAUCAUAAAAUUUAUUAAGGAAAUAGUCGGUUGUUGGGUCAAUCUAAACCUCCGUUACUCGCGUGGGGUCUGGCAGACCUCAUCAAAAUAUAUAUUUGCAUGAAUGCUGCAUUUGCAUUGGUGGUGGCCUGGGCGGCCAUGUUCUUUCCACAUGUGGUAAGCUAAUUGGCAAAAAAAUUAAGAAUUUUUUUCUAUUAAUUUUUAGUUUUUUAUUUUCCAUUUUAAAUAAAUGUUUAGAAUUAUUUUGGGCUUUUAUUAUUAACAUUUUGAAUAAUAACAGUAAUAACCAAAGAGCC